AUGCCCAUCAUAUCAAAGGGAGAGAAAGUGCUAGUGACUGGUGUCAAUGGGUACAUUGCAAUGUGGACAGCGCGUAUUUUUCUCGAGCGCGGGUACGCUGUGCGAGGGACAGUGCGCGCGGAUGCGAAAGCAAAGUUUGUGAAGGAUUACUUCGCGUCGCUUGGAUAUGGGGAUAGGAUAGAGUUUGCUAUUAUCGAGGAUAUUUCCAAGAGUGGCGCAUUUGAUGAGGUGGUCAAGGACGUCGAUGGGAUUGCACACAUGGCUUCUCCGGUGCAUUCACAAACUGGCGCCGAUCCAGAAGAGACUCUACAACCCGCUAUACAAGGGACCGUCGGCAUCUUGGAGAGCGCGCUAAAGUACGGGAAACAAGUAAAGCGUAUCGUCGUCACUUCCUCUUGUGCGGCGGUGUUGCCCCCAGUAACCGAGAAGCCGACGGUAUACAGCGAGCUUGACUGGGAUAUCGUGCAUCCCGAAAUCGUCAAAGAGAAAGGCAAAGACGCCCCGCCUCUAUCAGUCUACUGUGCAUCGAAAACGCUAUCGGAAAGGGCGGCAUGGGAGUUCCACGAAAAACAUAAAGAUAGUAGCGGCUGGGAUCUCUGUGUUAUUACCCCGCCAUUCCCGCCCAUCCACGACAUCCCCUCACCGUCGUCUCUGAAUUUCUCUCUAGCGUUCUGGUACAACGCCGUGCUCUCUGAACCCCCUGAAUCAAAAGCAUUUUUAAUAGCCGAGUCCAAUGCGUGGGCGGACGUGCGGGACGUCGCCCUUGCCCAUGUGCUCGCGUUGGAAAAGCCAGAUGCGGGAGGAGAGCGAAUUAUAACUUCAGCCGGCGGGUAUGUUUGGCAAGAAUGGUUGGAUGAAGCCAAUUCUCUCUUAGAUAAACCACGCAAACUUACAGUCGACGGAUAUCCGGAGACUACAAAGGGCGAAAAGGUUCACAAUAUUCUGUAUGAUCGGACCAAGGAACGGAGGAUCUUUAUGGCUGUCCGUUUGCACAUUUAA